AUGGCUCCGAAGCAGCCGAACACUGGCCUCUUCGUCGGGCUGAACAAGGGCCACAUCGUCACCAAGCGCGAGCUUCCCCCGCGCCCUUCUGAUCGGAAAGGGGUAUGAACUCACCCACUUGACCCCGUCUCUUCAUUAGUCUUCCGCAGAUUGGUGGGAAAUUUCUACAUUUCCUUUUUAAAAUCCCACUCUCGAUGCCGGAUCGGAUCCUCUUCCCUUACUCCAUCUCCUGUGAUCCAGAAAACCAGCAAGAGGGUGCACUUUGUGAGGAACGUGAUUCGCGAAGUUGCCGGGUUCGCUCCCUACGAGAAGAGGAUCACCGAGCUUCUGAAAGUUGGGAAAGACAAGAGAGCUCUUAAGCUCGCAAAGAGAAAGCUGGGCACCCACAAGAGGGCGAAGAAGAAGCGUGAGGAGAUGGCCAAUGUCUUGAGGAAGAUGAGGUUCACACUCGUUAUUGCCUCCCAUUUUAUUCGUUUCCAGCUACCUGAGAUAGCCUGAUGAUUUUUUUCACUGAAAAUUAUAUCUUUUCCACUAAAAACUCUAUUCGUUCGUUGACUUUUUCAGCUCUUCAGUCUUAGCAGAAUGGUCAAGUAGCUUUUUCACUGAAAAUUAUAGAUUUUUUUAAAGUAUGAACAGAAGUCAAACUGGUUAUAUACUUCUGGAAAUACAUGCUUAUUUUAUCAUCUUCUACACUUCGUCCAACAUGUCGAAUUCCUCUUAUCGUUUCCUGCCCCUACUACUCCUUUUAGCAUCCUCUGGUGUUUUGGCGUCUUGAUCUCUCUUCAACUCAGUUGCUUCCUAGUUGAAUGUCAAAGACGUCAGAUGGUGUUUAUUGAUGGGGAUUUCUAUUUAUGAAAUAUCCGUCUCUAUCUAAAUUAACCAAUUAUAUUCUAAAAUAAAUUGGGUAUAGUUUCUCCGAUUGUUGAGAUGAGAAGGUGCCUCCUCUUGUUUCAGUUACCUCUGUUCAUCUUCAAGAUCUCCAAUCAAUAGUGUGCCUCUAAACUGGGAUUUUCUUUCUCAUUUGAGCAUCUUGCCCCGUGAAUAACUUCCCAUAAGAUUUCUGAGAUAUCAAUAAAUUGCUGGCUUUCAGAAAUGAUCAUUUCUAUUAUUGAAGCAUGUUCUUUAAUUGGAAAGCUAAUGUUCAAUAUCAUAGGGUUUCGAUAGCUUGACCUAAUGCCCUUACUUGGCGGAUUUGCAGGGCUGGUGGUGUUGCUGAGAAGAAGAAGUGA